AUGUCUCACAGAGCACGGCUCGCUGAGCUCAAGGCUCUUCGAGAGUCCGGCAAGAAGGUCUUUGAUACUUACAAAGUUGCCGACGUCGACAAUCUAUACGACGAAGUUGACGAGGAUGGAUAUAAGAAGGUUGUUCGGGAACGAUUAAAUCAGGAUGACUUUGUUGUCGACGACAAUGGCGAGGGCUACGCAGAUGAUGGCCGCGAAGACUGGGAUCGAGUACAAGCCUAUGGCUCAUAA